CGUAGUGCAAAGAGUAAAUGUUAUAUUCUCUUUGGUCGCAUGGCGUGCUUUUUUUGGUGCCUUUUUAUCUUGCCGGCUUUUAAUUUCGUUUCUAGUUUUCGUCGCUUUUGAAUAUUGAAUAGUUGAAGAGAAAAUACCACGCCCUAUGAGUGAUUUAUGUUUGUGAAUAUGAGUGCAUCACCAUCAGAAGCGUCUUCGCCGCCUCUAUCCCCAAUAAGAAGGCUGAAGAUCCAUAAAGGAUCUUUGUCAAGCAAUGAAAAACAACUUGUUCUAAACUUUUACACCUACAUUAUAGAAUCAAAGACAGAUCUGACUGAAACAGAUGUAAUUAAAACGGUAUCAGAUGCUACAGGUGUGAGUCAAGCUUCAGUAUACAAUAUUGUGACAGAAUUCAAAACCACACAUAGACUGCAGCCUUCUCCAGUUAGUAAAAAUGUAAAACAUAGUAUAGCUGACCAGUUAGAUGAUUCUAUGCUAUCUAGAAUUAGGCAGAAGGUUCAUGAUAUCUAUUUGAACAAUGACCUUCCCACGGUUACUAAAGUCUUAGAGGCUGUAAAUUCUGACCCUACUUUACCAAAUUUGUCCAAAAAGACACUGUCUAAAGUGUUGGAGAAGUUGAAAAUUAAGCAUGUGAAAAAGUCAGGCGAAAGCACAUUGCUUGAUAGACACAGCCUUCAGAGUUUGAGAACAUUUUACUUGGUAUACAUGAGAGAUUUUAGAAAGGAGAAUCGCAAGAUAUAUUACUUGGGUGAAACCUGGAUUUGUGAAGGUCAUACCACCAAUUCAGCUUCACAGAAUCCAAAGAAAUGUAGGGGUUUCAUAGUGGGCCAUAUUGGCAGUGAUACAGGAUUCUUGGAGGGAGGUGUCUGCAUGUUGGAGGCCACGCAGUCUGAUGCUGAAUACCAUAAAGAGAUGGACACUGAGGAUUUUGAAGAGUGGUUUACAAAAAUAUUGGAUCUCAUCGAACCAGGUUCCGUCAUUGUCUUAAAUAGUACAAAACAUCACUCCCGUAACGCUGAACCUCUGCCCAACAUCUGGUGGCUGAAAAAGGAUAUCCACAAAUGGCUGAAUGAGAAACAGAUCCCGUACUCCGAGGAUGAAAUCAAAGUUGAACUAAUAGUGAAAAUCGAUAAAGAAAAAUAUACCAUAAAAUACAUUGAUGCUAUGGCGCAGAAGAGAAAUGUUGCCAUAUGCCGUGUGCCACCGUAUCACAGCCAACUUAACCCCAUGGAGCUUAUUUGGGCAGAGGUCAAAUCUCAUGUGGGCAGAAACAAUACGACAUGCAGUCUGUCAGAUACAAGAUGUCUACUGGAAGAAGGUUUGGCCAGUAUUGGUGCAGCUCAGUGGAAGGCAGCCAUCGACCAGGUUGUCAAGGAGGAACAACAGAUAUUCCACCUGCAAGCUGACAUACUUGAUGAACUCUAAGCGAGUGGAAAAAACGUUAAGCAAAUGGUGUUUUUCCACAAAGUUCAAUAUGAAUUUCAUUGAACUGGUCACAACAAAGGUAAACUGACGUUUGAAGGAGGCCUAGGCCGCGCCUAGUUAGCUCCCUACCAGCUAAGCCGUACCGCCAAGCGAUUCAGCGUUUCGGUACGAUACUGCGUGGACAAUCGAUACGGGUAUAUAGGAACUUUGGAAAGCUUCCAUACCCCUUGAAACAGCAUAUUUCCACCGAAAGAGGAUUCCAUACAAAUAGAUGAUUUAUUUUUUCAUUUUUUGUACGGUAUCACUUGCAGAACAUCAGUUACAAGUAAUUUAGAACGAUUAAAUUAUUAUUAAACUGUUUGAUUACAAAGUG